UUAUAUCAUUUAGAAAUGAGUGUUCCCAGAGUUGCUACGAUAUUCUUUCUGCUGGCAGUGUCCAGCUGCCACAGCAUGAAGUUUGAACCAUGGCGGACCCUUCCCGGUAAGAUGAAGAAAGUAAGUGCCGGUGUAAAGGGAAUCUACGGUAUAAAUCUAAACAACGACGUGUACCGCCUGAACGGUAAAACGUGGACUGCAAUUGGAUCAGGACGAAACAACGUUGUGGUAGCGAGCGGUGUGGAUGACGUGUGGAUCUUAAAAGAGGACGGCAGUAUCCGAAUUGGGGACGGGGAACGAGACAGCUGGACGACAAUCCCAGGAAAUCAGAAAUCUCUGGACGUCAGCAAUAACGGUAACGUGUGGAGUCUAAACAGGCAUGGACCAAUUUGGAUAUACAGAGGGAGGGGAGCAUGGGGGAAAUUAGACGGUGGAGGAGUUCAAGUGACAGCAGGGAAUAGUGGAGUGUGGCAUGUUAACAGUAAUGGGAAGGUUUACUACAGACGGUACACCUACAACGACCCUAACACUGACGGGUGGGGCUGGGUGGAGGUAUUUGCACCAGUCGAGAUGAAGUGGCUCGCUUCAGGAACAAACCUGCUACUCGCAGUCAGCAAGAAAUCAGAUCUGUACUACCGGGAUGGAAUGAGCAGUGGCAGUCCUACGGGUACACGUUGGGUAAAAGUAUCCGGGAUCAAACUGGAUAUGGUGGCGGUGCAGCACAACUUGGUGAUUGGCACUGAUUCCAGCAAUAAUGUCAAGUAUUCGAAAAUUUUCUAUUAAUUCUUUUCGU